CUAACGACGACUCCGCGACACCCCUUUGGGCCCUCCGGCCUUCCUAGCGUCGACUCCGCGACACCCCUUCUGGGCCCUCCGGCCUUCCUAUCGUCGACGCCGCGACACCCCUUUGGGCCCUCCGGCCUUCCUAUCGUCGACUCCGUGACACCCCUUUUGGGCCCUCCGGCCUUCCUAACGUCGACUCCGCGACACCCCUUUGGGCCCUCCGGCCUUCCUAGCGUCGACUCCGCGACACCCCUUUUGGGCCCUCCGGCCUUCCUAGCGUCGACUCCGCGACACCCCUUUUGGGCCCUCCGGCCUUCCUAG